AUGUCUACUCCACUUGAGAGCAAUCCUAUUGUUGUUGAGGUGAACGAGCAUGUCCAACCAGAGGCAAGUCAACAGCAAGAUAACGCACAAGAUGGUGAACAAGUCCAAGAUCAGGUCGGUGAAGAAUUGGUAACCAAGAAAAAGAGGAAGAAAACAUCUCCAGUUUGGGCAGAUUUUGAUGAAAUUGAAAUUACCGGGGGUGCAAAGAAAGCAGUUUGCAGAUAUUGCAAAGAGAAAUUGUCUACAGGUGGGAAAGGAGCCAGUACUAGCCAUCUGAGAAGACAUUCAGAAAUUUGCUUACAAAGGAGAGUGCAUUUGGCUAGUGAAAAGAAGCAAAGUACCAUACCAUUUCAGCCUUGUAACUCAGGUAACCCGUUUCUGAAUUCUGGUGCUAGAUACAAUAAUGAAAAGAUGAGGGAAAUCAUUGCUUCUGCUAUUAUGGUUCAUGAAAUGCCGUUUAGUGUGGUUGAGAAUGAUGUUUGGAUGUGGGCUUUCCAGUAUGCAAAUUCAGAUUUUCAAAAGGUAACUCGUAAAACCAUAAGAAAUGAUUGUUUAGCUUUAUAUGAGAUGGAGAAGAGAAACUUGAAGGCAUUGCUGAAAAGUGUGAAUAAGAUUAGUUUGACAACAGAUAUGUGGAAGUCAAGCCACCAAGUAGCUGAAUAUAUGGUGGUUACAGCUUACAAUGAUAAAUGCUUAAAAAAUCUCAAGGAGAACUUAUCAGGCAAUAAGUUAUUUCUUGAUGGUGCUUUGUUUCAUGUUAGGUGCUGUGCUCACAUAUUAAAUUUGUUGGUGCAAGAUGGCUUAAGCAAAAUCAAGAGUGUCAUUGUCAAUAUUCGUGAAAGUGUGAAAUAUAUCAACUACAAUGAUGCAAGGUUAAAGGCCUUUUGUGAUGUGGUUGAACAGAAACGCUUGAAGGAAAGGAAGCUUGUUAUUGAUUGUCCAACAAGAUGGAAUUCAACAUUUCAGAUGUUGUCUACUUCUUUGAAAUUCAAGACCGCCUUUGCUGCAUACAAGGAAAGAGAGCCGCAUUAUGUUUAUUCACCUUCACUUGAAGAUUGGAGCAAAGUUGAGAAGAUUUGCAAACUUCUAGAAGUGUUUGAUCUAGCUACUCAUGUAAUCUCAGGUAGUGAGUAUCCAACUGCUAAUUUAUAUCUUGCUGAAGUUUGGAGAGUUAAACAAGUAAUUGACAAUGCGUCUGAGGAUGAAGAUGACUUCAUGAGAGAAAUGGCAGCCCCAAUGAAAGAAAAAUUUGACAAAUACUGGGGUGAGUGCAAUUUGCUUAUGGCUAUUGCGAGUGUUUUAGAUCCUAGGUGUAAAUUUCACAUUGUUGAUAUAUGCUUUCCAUUGAUAUAUAAACCUGAAAAUGUUGCCAUGGAGAAUAUAAGUAAGGUUAGAACUUCAUUGGAAAAGUUAUAUGAUAAGUAUGUGUCUAUGAGUAUUGAGGAGUCAUCCUUUGUGGCUGCGAAUUCAAAUGAUGGUGGUAACAAUGUAACAUCCUCAACUGAAUCUGGAUCUUCAUUUGUCACUGGAUUUGACCAAAUUAUGAAUCUUGUGCGUGAAAAGGAAGCGGUUCCCCCAAUGAAGUCAGAACUACAAGCUUAUUUUGAUGAAGGUGUUUAUGUUCCCGAUGGUAAUAAUAACUCAUUUUGUGCAUUGGAAUGGUGGAGGAACAACAGCUUAAAGUAUAAGGUCUUAUCCAAGAUGGCCGCUGAUAUACUGGCUAUACCUAUCUCCACAGUGGCAUCUGAGUCUACAUUUAGUGCUGGAGGGCGAGUAAUUGAUGAAUUUCGUUCUAGAUUGAAUGAAAAAUCUAUUGAAGCACUCAUCUGUGGAGGGGAUUGGCUGCGUCAUAAGUAUAAUUUGAUGAAGAAGCCAAAGGUGGGUGAAGUGAAUGAGGAGAUCAACUUGAAGAUCUAA